CGCAAGCAGGGUUGCCUGCUUCGCGGCGCGGCUACUGUUAACGCAACCCUUUCCACCUCCACCAAUUUUUUUCAGUAUGAAGGUAACAGAGUCCGGAGAACGAUUGCAAUGAUGGAUUAAAAGUGCGUGACCGCGCGUGCUGCGAGGGAAGGGGCCCAAAAAAGUGCGUGUUUGAAUGUGUGUCGGUUUGUUGGAACCCCAACCGUGGUUCUGGUGAGGAAGGAUUGCUUUGUGGGGGGGUUGGGGGUUUGUUUGUGUGCUGUGGUGGUGGUGUUGGUGUUGGUGUUGUGUGCUUGGUGGUGGCUGCCUUCAAGUGGCGCUGUCGCCUUCUCAAGCUGGCGGAGGCUCGGGUACCCAGCGCUUGCUGAAGCCUGCCCCUACGAGGCGGGACGUCAGCACUCGCCCCACAACGGCGGCGAGGACAUGCCGUGAUGGCAAGAGAGGAGGCGCGGGGGAAGAGGCCCUUCAAGAUAUGGGACAGCUGGCGUAACGUGCGGAAAGGUUUAGUUGUCAGCAGCUUCGAGGAGCUCGUGGUCAGAGGCAAGGAGAAGCUGGGAGUGGUAGCCGGCGAGCCUGUGCGUCUCGUGUUAGAGUCGGACGGAACCCAGGUAGAAGACGGGGAGUAUUUUCGCACCCUGCCCAACAACACGAUCCUCUUACUGCUCCGUCAGGGUGAACGCUGGUACCCCAGCGGCGUCGACGUCAUCAGAGCCGCUAUCUCCGCAAUUCCCAAGAUCGUGUGCGAGACGAUCCACGCUCUUGAGUUGCACGAUGAAACCCCUUCCUGGAAAAUCAUGGACAACAAGGGCCGCGUCACCGUGGUGCUCCACUGGGACCAGCGACAGCAGCAGCAGAAAGUGGUCACGUCAGCGGCGGCAGAGGGAGCCGCAGCUGCCGCGGCAGCCAAAUACUCGCCGAGCAAAAAGCAGGAGUCGGUGCGGCCCUCGUUGGUGAUCCAGACUAGCCUCGAGAAGCUGUCCGGGAUCCACGGUCCGGGCCCCGCGGCGGCGGCGGCAAGUAAAAAAGAGACGCUCAUCAACGACGUUUAUACACCUGCACCGACGGCUCGUUAUAACUCCAGUCCUCAAAUCACUGUGAUAAACCACGAUGACGUCAUCAGCGGUAAAAUGGCGAAUCUUCUUGCAGCAGCGACAAGUUCCUACGGUGGAGGCGGUCCUCAGGUUCCGCCACAUCACCACGCGCCUCACCGGCUCACCAAGCAGGGCACGAGCUCCUUCGAGAGCACCACGAUCCACAUCCAUACGCCGGAAUGCGCCAACCACGUUCACCACCCGCUCAGCACCAGUCCCAGCGGGGCUGCAGGCAUUAACGGCACGGAUGCCAACAACAUGGUGGAGUGCGACUUCCACUGCUGUGCCCUGCAUGAGGAGGGCCGUAAGAUCGCUGUGCACAAGUCGGUAGCCACGUCUCCGAUCCAAGACGCCCAGCAACAGACGUCACCUCAGCCGUCGUCGCUGUCAGACGGCACGCGACGCGCCGCACUGGGCAAGGCCGCCCAGCACGUCCGCUUCUUGGACGUAGAAGGGAUCCGCCUGCAGCAGCAGCAACAGGCAGAGAGUUCCGAGUCGGAGACAGAGAACACCAUCAUGGAAGACGAGGCGAGCACAUCCGAGAAGUUCCUCCUGCUCAUAGACCAGCUGUCCGUCGACCAGAAGAGGCACCUCACGAUCAAGGACAUCGGAAUCAUCCUGGAGCGCCUUAGUUCGAAGAUCGUGGAUGUCGAGAGGCUGGACCGGGAAAGUGAAAGCGACGACUGCUACAACUGGACGAUUAAGGCCACCAUCAGGGGAGACGUCCUGCGGGAGCUGGGCGUCAUCUACAAUGGCAACUACUAUGCCAUCUCGGAACAUCCCGGCUAUAAGGAAGAGUCCGAAGAGAACAGAGAAGAUGGCGAUGAAGAGGAAGAAGAAGAGGAAGACGAUAGGCUUUAAAAAAGAGAGAAGGUUAGGAUGAAAUCAGAAAAAAAUAAAUUUAGAACACAUUUAAAUAAUUAAAAGUGUUUAUUUUAGAAGAGGUACAGAGAAAAUUGUUUUGAAGCAGUAUGUUGCGGACAAAAUUAUUAUGAAAGCAAUCGACAAUGAAAAAUGAGCUACAAAAUGGAUGGAGCGAAUGAGAUUGGAUACGGCACCGAAGACGUGUAAUUAGGAGAAGAAAGUUUACUUGUGGAGUAAUUAGCAGAUUCAAAUGACAUUAAGAGACUGUUAUAGCAAUUGACUAUCAACAAUUACAGGAAAUGUAAUUUCCUUUACAAAAAAACUUUACAAAUAAGAACAGACUCCCAUUUUUUAUUUUGUUUCCAUAAAAUAUACAAAAUGGCGUCAAUCGUAACGUCGAUGGUGCUGCUCCCAAGUACUUUUUUUACUUACUAAACAGAGCAAUAGCUUGACCUAGAACCCACGACAUUAGCUCCCGAACCCCUUCUUUCCCUUGACAAUCUGAUGCCAACAAACAAUUCUUCUGUUUUCAAUCCACUGUUGAACAUAGAAUCGGGCGACCGAAGGUUCUAUAGUAAAACAACAAUCAAUAACAUUAAUAACUAAUUAUAAUUAUUACUAACCCUUGAUAGAUUUGAGUCAACGGCACAAAAUGUGAACAUGGACUUUUGGAUGUGUGAAAAAUACAUAAAAAAAAAAACAAACAAACAAACAAACAUAGUGGCACAUAUCUGAUGUGAAAGCGUGUUUACAUCGUUUAAAUGUGCAUCUUUUUUUUAGUGAAAAUAUUUCAAGUGAAAUGCAAAAAAAACUAAUGAAUUCAUGCCUGCAAAAGACAAAGAGCCAAACACUGCGAAAACAUUUAAAAUAGAGUAUUAAUUCAUUUGUUUAUUAAUUCCGAAACAAAUUUGUACAAACGUUAACGUAUUGUCAUUGUCAUUGUGAGGUUAUGUGUCUCGUUUUAUUCCAUCCCACUCCACGUUUCCCCUGAGACCAGAGCCGAUGCGGGGAAAUUAUAAACUUGCUUUACAAACUAAACUAAUUUAAGCUCGUGUUUAAUGGAGACAGGAAUAUGAAAUAUUUGUCAGAUGACAGAAGUGUACUAUAUUAGUAACAUGGAAGGUAUCCUUGCCACAGUCCAGUUCUGUCCACAUUCUGCAUGCGACCAGGUUCGUACAAUGGCCUGAAGACGGCAUCGCGUACUUCACCAAGUGGAACACAGGGUUUGAAACUUCCGUGCCGACAGAAUGUGAUGCAGUCGUCGCGCGCAGUGUCACUACUGAAUGAAUUUCGAAGGUAUCGGAGACUCUCUCUGUCUCCUUCAUCAGGGAUUGGUGCGACUUGAGUCGCAACUGUGCACUAUUAAGAGUACAGAACGUCCCACUACGUAUUAGCCACACUCGGGAUGUAUUACGCAAGCCAUUUGAAACAAGAAUGUCCGUAAACAAUAGUUCAACUUAUCACCGUCAUCAAGUUAAACGCUGAUGUAGUGUAGCCAUGUUAGCGUCAUUUGAAUUAAUUAAUUUUAGCGUGACUGCUGUAUUCGACUG